GCAUGCGCACUAUUGCCGUUCCCCGCCCCCCCACCCCGUCGCCACACCCCGGGACUCUGCGUGAAACAUGGUACUGUCGGAGCUGGCCGCGCGCCUGAACUGCAACGAGUACAAGAACUGGGUGAAGGCAGGACACUGCCUGCUGCUGCUGCGCAGCUGCCUGCAGGGCUUCGUCGGGCGCGAGGUGCUCUCCUUCCAUCGUGACCUACUCGCCACAGCGCCCGGCCUGGGACCCCGAGCUACCUGCAGCGGCGGCUCACGGUGCCAACCCCGCGCUCGCCAGUUUCAACCUCAGUGUCCCGUGUGUGCUGAGUGGAAACAGGCGAUUUUGAGACAUCACGUCCACAGAAAUGGAGACGUGUACUGGGGAAACUGCCGGCCAGGCCGUUGGCCCCUGGAUGCUUGGGAAGUGGCCAAGGCCUUCAUGCCUCGAGGACUGGCAGACAAACGAGGACCUGAAGAGUGUGAUGCUGUUGCUCUUUUGAGUCUCAUCAACUCCUGCGAUCACUUUGUGCUUGAUCGGAAGAAAGUCACAGAGGUGAUUAAAUGUCGUAAUGAGAUCAUGCACUCUUCAGACAUGAAAGUGUCAUCUAUGUGGCUUACAGAUUUUCAGAUGAAGAUCCAAAAUUUUCUGAGAGAAUUUAAGAAUAUCCCAGAGAUUGUGGCAGCAUACUCCAGAAUAGAACAGCUGUUGACCUCAGACUGGGCCGUUUACAUUCCUGAGGAAGAUCAGCGGGAUGGGUGUGAAUGUGAACUAGGGAGUUACCUGAGUGGGAGCCAAGUCCAUGAAAUCGAAAUGGAAUUACUAAAGGAAAAACUGCAGGAGAUGUGUCUUCAAGCAGAAGAAGAAGAGGUGUGGCCCAACGAGAUCUUAACUCAACUGGAAAUGGUAAAGGAAUUUCUGAGAAACAAUGAAGAUCUUAGAAAGGGUCUUACAGAUGAUAUACAGAAGCUAGACAGCCUCUAUCUGCAACAUCAAAAACCAGAUUCAAAGGCAGCUGAGAGCCAGACACCUGAAAGAAAGGCGUGAGGUGAGGUUUAGGCAUAGGAUGUUUAAAUAAGGACACAAUAGCCUUGCCUCUUUGAUGUCUGUUCUCUUCUGUGAAGCCAUACUGAAUACAACAGUCUAACCUGGUUCCCCUACGCCCUCAUUAUUUCAAAGGAAGGCCACUGAGCUUCGUGCUCUUUCUCUAAUUAAUGGCUCUUACAUUUGUGAAGGCAUUCAGCAUCAACUCUUUGCCAGCUUUCUUAGCCAGAAGUCACUAGUCUGGUCUUAGGUGAAUCAACUUUAAAAACACAAAAUCUGAAGUAUUUCUGCCCCACCCCCUCCUAAUAGUGGCAGCUAUGCCCAGCUUUACUUUGGCAUUAAUAGAAUUUGGAAUACUGGUUAAUGUAGCUAACCAUCUUCAGAGUUAUUAGGGUUUUACUUGUUUUUCUCUUAGAGAAAAUGAAUGCUACUUUUUUUUGGUCCUGGGGCUUGAACUCAGGGUAUAGGCACUGUCCCUGAGCUUCUUUUGCUCAAA